AUGACUCAAAACAAAGGUCAAACCAAGACCAAAAGCAGAAAAUACCUAUGGUCUAUUACUAAUACCCCAUCAAGCGUCACCUGCUGGUCUCUCUUUAGUGAGUGUAUUCAUGCGGCUACAGUCAGGACCUGUGAGUAUCUACACUUUACAGACCUGGAAAACAAGUUCUACCCAAGCAGUGCAACCCUGAGGGAGAUCUUCCUUAUGACCUACAUCCAGCGCAGCCUCCACCUAAACCUAACGAAGAUGUUCAGCUGUACAGUCAUGACCCAAAAGCAAAGACUCAUCUUGGGGACAGACUGGGUCUGGGCUUUGCUUGAUCUGCCCAGCAAAAACCCAAGAAUCCAGAUUGCUGUGCAAGUCCUUCAUCUCUCUGAGCACAUCGAGGAGGACAGAGAGAAAUGUUCCUGCAUGGAGAUCUUGCGUACAUCUGGUCCGGAGGCGCUCGAGAAGACCCGAGUUGAGAGGAUGGUGGAGUUUUGCUCUUCUGUAGGUAGAACCUGCUUUGCUCUGUUCCUGUUUUUUGGGCGUAAGAAUGACCCAGGGACGGUUUGGGGUUUGCUUAGCAACAACUUGCAUGAGGCACUAGGGAGGUGUGUCAGAAUCGACCAGGAUUUUGUUGAGGGAUUUUUCAAAGGAGCAAAAGGCUGGGUUACCUCAGGCGGGAUGCUGCAAGCCGUGAUCAAUAAAAAGGACAACGACCCCCUAACCAUGCUAGUGAAGUUUACGUAAGAUUCUCAUCAAUAAAUUGCAAAACAUUAUUGAGUAAUUAGACUGAACAGCUCUGCCGUGGUUGGCUUUUUGACUGGCAUACAGCACAUGGCACUGAUGUUAAAGAUGUGUUAAAUUCCUCAGUCCUCAGAACUGGUCAUAGUUGCUCAUCUGCAACUAUGGCCACCACAGUUCUAACAGCAUACAAAUUUAAUGCAUUAAAAACAAUAAGUUGUCAUUUGUUAAUUCUAUUAAAUCUUUAUUUGAUUGCAGUGCAUAUGUCAACUGUUUUAUUGUCCAUCUAAGAUGAAAGU